CGCCCGAAGAGGCAGUUGGGGAGGUAGGCAGCUCCUGCAGGGCUGCUGGCUGCACCCCUUCUGUCUGCUCAGCAGCGGGAAGCACUUUCCCCAAAGGACAUCAAUGCAAGCCUGAAUAAGAAAAACAAUUUCUUCCUCCUAAGCCAUGGCAUAUCAGUUAUAUAGAAAUACCACUUUGGGAAACGGUCUUCAGGAGAGCCUUGAUGAGCUCAUACAGUCUCAGCAGAUCACUCCCCAACUUGCCCUUCAAGUUCUACUUCAGUUUGAUAAGGCUAUAAACUCAGCACUGGCUCAGAGGGUCAGGAACAGAGUCAAUUUCAGGGGCUCUCUGAAUACAUACAGAUUCUGCGAUAAUGUGUGGACUUUUGUAUUGAAUGAUGUGGAAUUCAGAGAGAUGACAGAACUUAUUAAAGUGGAUAAAGUGAAAACUGUAGCCUGUGAUGAUAAAAAUACUGGCUCCAGUACUACAGAAUGAAUAGAAAAAAAUGGC